AUGCGUUCGUUUCGUUUGUUCAUCCUCUUUUAUUUUGCUUUAAUGACAAUUUUGCAUUCAAGCGCCACAAACACGCUUACUGAAUCGGAAUCUUUCUCGGAAGACUUUAAGGGACUACAUAACCCUAUAUCGCUAAGCAGCCUUCGCUGGGUCUUUCCCAAACGAUCAACUCUGCUACAGGCCCAAAACUUUUACCUGGUUUCGGACGAAGGUGAUUUUAUAUUUUUUCAAAUUGCGCAGACAUGCCUCCCUCUAUUUUCGUUUGUUCAGGCGUCCUUGAGAUAUUUUUCAAAGGAAAAGGGGUUAAAUCUCCUCUUGACGCAAACUUUUAAAUUCUCUGAAUGGAGUCUGUCAAAGAAGGAAAAUACCCCGAAUAGCGACUUUAUCACUAGCAGUGUGGGGCCAUUAACUGUAGAGUUUAUGGAAAGCCCCACUCCUGGAUUCAAUAUUUCGUAUUCUGGGUCAAAUGCGGUUUUUUCUGUUCAAUUGCAGUCCAUUUGUGCUCCUCUGACACUCCGGGACGGAAUUGUCGAGUUUCAGUCUUCAAAAGCUUCCGGAAGCUUUUCGUUUAAAUAUGCACCGCAGUUUGUAUUCACCGGCUCCAUUGAGGCUGAGGGGCUGCCAAAAAGACCGAUUUCGGGAAUGGCCUCACUAAACCUGGUGACUCAACUGAUCGAGCCGCACCUUGCUGCAAGUAAAUGGUGCUUCUUCUAUUUUGUGGCCAAAGGCAAAGAGAGACUCACUUUUUCGCUGCUUCAUUUUCUAACUACGGCUCUUUUCCACAAAAAAGAUUUCUCUCAAGGAAUCCUCACCAUUGACGGGAAAGUCAUCGGCCUCACUCUUAACAAUUCGAUCACAUUUAUCAAGCAGAAAAUAACGGAACAAUCAGGCGGGUAUGCCCUACCUUCACAAAUCCAUCUUGUCUUUGAUGGAAUCGGUCCGGGAGGCUCGACUGAUGUAUGGCGACUGGAAGCCCAUAUCCCAUUGGAAACAUGCGUUGAUAGAUUGGAUCUUCUGGCACAUAUUCCAUAUUUUAUUCGUAAGGUUAUUCAGGCUCUGUUAUCAAAGCCAUACUGCUUCCAAUGGUUUGAUGACAUAAAGAUUACGCUCACCAGGCAAGGGAAGCCACAAUUUUAUGAGGGCAAAAUUUUUUCCGAAGUCCUUUACAUUUGCUGA